CACUCUCGAGGCGCUGGUCGCGGGAAGUGUCUUCUACGGACAGUCCCGUGGAAGCGGCGCAGUCGGGCUGUAUCGAGCGCGGAUGUGAAACGCCUUAUCGCGAUUCGACGCGGGCCCAGGACGCCCAGGACCCGGCCGGAGCCGCCCGUCAGCCGGACACGUCGCUAGUGCAGGCCGCCGCCACCAUGUCGCUGCUGCACGAGCCCCACUUCAGCGCCUACACAUGGCAGGCCGCCACCGGGGGGUUCGGCAACCACACCGUCGUCGACAAGGUGCCCCCCGAGAUGAUGCACAUGGUGGACCCCCACUGGUACCAAUUCCCCCCCAUGAACCCCCUAUGGCACGGCCUGCUGGGCUUCGUGAUCGGCGUCCUGGGCGUCAUCUCCCUGAUCGGUAACGGCGUCGUGGUCUACAUCUUCUGCUCCACCAAGGGCCUGCGCACCCCGUCCAACAUGCUGGUCGUCAACCUGGCCAUGUCCGACUUCCUCAUGAUGUUCACCAUGGCGCCCCCCAUGGUCAUCAACUGCUACUACGAGACCUGGGUGCUGGGCCCCUUCAUGUGCGAGCUAUACGGCUUCUUCGGGUCCCUGUUCGGCUGCGGUUCCAUCUGGACCAUGACGCUGAUCGCCAUGGACAGAUACAACGUCAUCGUCAGAGGAUUGUCCGCGGCGCCCAUGACCAACAAGAAGGCCUUCCUCUGGAUCCUCUUCAUCUGGACCAUGGCCAGCGUGUGGACCGUAUUUCCCCUGGUGGGCUGGAACAGGUACGUCCCCGAAGGCAACAUGACGGCGUGCGGCACCGACUACCUCAACAAGGACUUCUUCAGCCGGAGCUACAUCCUGGUGUACUCGUGCUUCGUCUACUUCCUGCCGCUCAUCAUCAUCAUCUGGGCUUACUUCUACAUCGUGCAGGCGGUGUGCGCGCACGAGAAGAACAUGCGCGAGCAGGCCAAGAAGAUGAACGUGGCCUCGCUCCGGUCCGCGGAGAACGCGCAGACGAGCGCGGAGGCCAAGCUGGCGAAGGUGGCCUUGAUGACCAUCUCGCUGUGGUUCAUGGCGUGGACGCCCUACCUCAUCAUCAACUACACGGGCAUCUUCGAGGGCUACAAGAUCAGCCCCCUCGCCACCAUCUGGAGCUCCCUGUUCGCCAAGACGGGAGCGUGCUACAACCCCAUCGUGUACGGCAUCAGCCAUCCGAGGUACCGGGCGGCCCUCACGAAGAAGUUCCCCAGCCUGGCGUGCGCGCCGCCCGUCGACGACACGGCCUCGGUGUCCUCGGGCGUGACCAGCGUGUCCGUGUCCGAGUCCGUGGUCACGGAGAAGGCGUAGGGCACCACGCGUACAAUCACUCCCCCCCUUUUCUGUUUCAGUUCAAUUUUUUUUAUCGUUC